CGGCGCCCGUGACGGUCACAAAGCCAAAUACAGCUCCUGGAGGAGCUAGUUCUGGUUCGCUGGGGACAAAUGGGACUUCCCCCACGCAAGAAAAAUCCAGUAAUUCACAUCCACAUGAUUCGGAAUACGAUACAGCUAGUGAUUUGGAAGGUGGUGAAGAGUACGAUGAUGACGAAUAUGAUAUGGAUGAUAGUUUAACAGAUGAGGACGAGGAUGAUUUAUCAGAGACUGAUGACGACGACGAGGAGGAGGAUGACGAAGGCGUGGAGGAUGAUAUCACGCCGCAGGAGAAAGUCGAUGCGGAAGCCCAAAAGAAAGUAGAUGAGGACCGUAGUAAUCCACAAUAUAUUCCUAAAAGGGGUACCUUUUAUGAGCACGAUGAUCGUACUGCUGAAGUAGAGGGUGAAUGCAUUGAAAUUGAGGGACCAGAAGAUGUAGAAGGUCAAGCCAUUGCAAACGGUGGUUCUGGAGGAAAUGCGGCUGGAACCAAAUCAUCUGCCACAACUACCAUAUCAUCUGCAUCAAAGACUAUGAAAAAAUGGCAACCAGCUUCAGGAGUCGACCGUUGGUCACAUGAUCGCUUUGAUCCUUCCGAGCAGGCUCCAAAAUCUAGGACAGAAUUGGUUUCUGCAUAUGGUUAUGAUAUACGUACAGAGGAUGCGCCUCCAAAAGCCCGCAGAAGACGCCGUUACGGCAGGGGACCAAGUAAGUACAACCGCAACUGGGAAGACGAGAGUGCCUACCUGAAGACAAACAAUAAAGAGCGAAAACCACCAAAGCCCUCAGACUUUCCAGCUUUAAAUGAGAAUUCAGGAAAGCAGAGGCGUUCAUCGGGUCGCACACAGGAAGAAAAGGAGAAUCGUAUGGAACGUCGUAGAAGGGAGGGUAGAUCUGACAGAUCCGAAAGACAGGGUUCUUCAAGAAGUAAUUAUCAGGAUGAUUACAAUGACCGCAAAGAGCGUGGUGAUGGGGGAGGGCCUAAAAAUGCGAAAUUCAAAUCUAAUUUUAGUCGUCAAAAUCAAGCAACAGUUGGCAGACAGGCCGCCAUGGAGUUUAAGCAAAAGAAUCGCCAAACACACCAAAGCAAUACGACUCCCUCCAACCAAGGCAGUACUAGCAGUAAUUUGAGUAAUCGUUUGGAAGCUCAUCGUCAACCUAAUCACAAUCAAUACCAAGGUCAGCAGAAUAAUAAAAGCCCUCCAUCUGGCAGUAGUGUUGGAAAGCAGCAAAAUCAGUCAGUUGCUCAACAUCAACAUAAUGAUAGCUAUAACAAAAAGAAGAAUUUCGACCAGGGACAUCAACAACCGACUCAGGCUUCGCCACAAACUGUUGCAACAAUACAGCAAUCCAAUCAGCAGCAACCACAAACGUCUUCACUAAACCAUUCGCUAAAUCGACAGCAAAACGCUCCUUUGCAAGCAAAGACAACCCAGAUGCCAAGCACGAAUUUAUCGCAACGUCUGCAGCAGGUACAAAAUCGUAACGAUCCCAGUCAUGUGGGAAGUGUUCAAAUGCACGCAUUGGCCUCCCAAAAUCAACAACAGCAACAGCUUAUGCAGCAUCAACAGUCCCCUAAUAUGAUGAUGACUGCUGCUGCUCCCCAACAAGUGAUAAAUCAAGCACAGGCACAGGAACAAAGAGGACCACCUAAACGUUACUCGAGCUUGCGCCGGUCUCAGCACGAGUCUCAACAUAUUGCCGAACACCAACAACUGCAGCAAUUACAUAUGCAACAACAAACAGCGGCUCCGCCGCCAUUGUUAUUGCCCGCAGAUCAAGCCAUGCUACAAGCGAAUCUCAUGCAAAUGUACCAUCAAGAAAAUAUGCAGGCGCAAAUGCAAGCUUUGCAAGUGUCACAACAACCAAAUGUUCCCAAACAAGCCGCCUAUGCACCCGCGGGUCCGCCAACACAGCCGCCUGGACCAUAUCCAGGGGCAGCAGCCGGUACACCAGCGGCAUAUUAUGUCGCCCCCGAUGCAUACACUGCUGCCACUGCAGCACAGGCCACACAAGCGACAUAUGCAGCCCAACAGGCUGCGCCAAACUAUAUGGCUCAGCAGCAAACCGCUGCAACUUUGGCAUAUGCAAAUGCCGCACCCAACCCACAGCAAACUGCGCCACCAACGUCAGCAUUUGGAGCAACACCAAAUGUUGGUGUAGUGCCGCAAGCAAAUCCUGGAGCCAACACAGCAGCAAACUAUCAAAACUACAAUACCGUUGGUGGUACCACAUAUUUUGUGCCUCCACCUACCCAAACCGCUAACCGACCCGUUCCAUUACCCCAACGAAGACCCACUAAUGCUAUUCCCAUACUGCCACCAUCAGAGAAAAAUAAGCCUUUAUCCGUUCAGCAAAAGACACAUGACACAAAGGACGAUUCGAAAUCGAGUACUUCAACAACAAAUCAAACGACAUCUGCACCCAUUGGUAGUGCUGAAAACAUUGAUCAUAUAAUUGACAAUAUGUUUGUUCAACGGCCAGCGUUUCAACCUCCAGCAAAUGCAGCGGCAACUUCUUCAGCGGCAGCCACCAGUAGCAAACCAGUUGCCAAUGAAUCGUCAACGAUGUCGUCGUCGUCAUCAUCAUCAUUGGCAGCAGACAAUUCAAAUGCUAGCCCAAAUGUUGCUUCCUCAACAGAUAGCAGUAAUACUCCAAGUCAGAUUAGCGAAAAGCUUACAAAUGAUGCGGCCACAACUGAGAUUAGUAACAAUAAUCCAAUAUCAACACAAGAAUGAGAACAAAAGAAACGUUACUAUUAUAAUACACAGUAUAAUCAGCAACAACACCAGCAUCAUCAUCACCAUCAUCAACACCAACAGCAACAACAGCUACAACCAACACAACAGCAUCAUCAUAUUAACAAUAACAGCAAUAACAACAACGUAAACAUAUUAAAUAACAAACGCAAAUUUUAUUAGACAAAAACACAAAAAAAACAGAAAAACGAAAUGAAACAAUUUUAAAAAAGAAAUGCAUGAACUUAAAAGAAAAAAAUAUCUAUACACACACAUACAUACAUACAUAUAUGUACUAAUACUAAUAGCAUCCCUCGACCACUGAUUUCGGUGUACUUUGGUGAUAAGUUGAUUGAGUUUAUAUAGUUCAGAUUGUCUAUAUGUAGGAGAUUAAAUAUAUAUUGUCGUACUGGUAUCAUUCGGGUAACGACACUAAGAUUCAAGAAAGUUUUUGGCGCUCACGAAUAAUUUUUUUUUAUUCUUGGGAACUAUGAUACACAAUAUUCACUGAGAAAAAAAAACAAGAAAUAUGUAAAAAUUGAGACGAAUUUUAGAAACCUUUGCAAACUAUGAUCACGGAACUGGUUAUGUAUGCAUACAAUUUAAAAUCUUCCAUUAUAUUCCUUUCCCUGUAUACUACCGAUUUUGAAAUUUUGUUGAUAAUUAAAUUUAACCUUUUUUAAUUUAAUACUUUUAAUCAAUUUCUUUACAUUACAUUGUUGCCUCAUUUAUACAAAUGUAAAGAUAAAGAGAAUAAGCCACCCCACCCUAGAGGAUGGGGUAUAUGAAUUUUGUUAUUCCAUUUGCACUACACGUGGCUUAGCAGUCAGCCGGUGCAACUGUGUCAUCUGCAAAUCCUACACCCAAACGUUUAAAUAAGGUUUGUCUCUGUUUAAAUAAGGUUCGCAAUUUUUUGGGAAACAAAAAAAUAGUUUUUCGAAGAAAUUUAAUUUCUUUUUACAAUUUAAAUGUUUAUGGUCAUAUUGUUUCUGACAUUUCAGAAUCUUUGCUAAAUCAAUUUAUCACAAAACUACACUUCCAUACUUACAUACAAUUGUAUCCAUAAGGCUGCUGCUUUUGUUGUAAAUUAAAAAUUCUUUUUAUACUUGUAUUUUGUUUUAUAUUAACUUAUAAAAAAAAUUAACAAUUUUUUAUUUAAUUUUUAUAACUUCUUUUCAUCUAACAAUGAACUUUUUCCAUUACAUUUUCCAUUACUGUCCUUAAAAUAAGACUAGCUCUUGUUUUUAGUUUCUUUUUCUUUUCUUUUUUUGAUAUAUACAAACAAACUACUUUGUUUUAAAACUCACAAGCAACUACAUAAAUAUUUAGUUUUUUUUAUUGUUUUUUUUUUUAUUACUAUUAUUAUUAAAGCUGUGCUAUUGCGUUUGUAUUUAGUGAAACGACAAUUAAACAAAAGAUAUAUAUAUAUAUUUAUAAAUUAGCUUUUAGCAUUUCAAUGAAGAAAAUACGAGUAUAAAGAAAAACCCAUAGUGAAGAAUCGCUCAUCUUUAUA